CUCUCUGUGUCUCUCUCUGUGUCUCUCUCUGUGUGUCUCUCUCUCUCUCUCUCUCUCUCUCUCUCUCACUCUCUCUCUCUCUCUCACUCAGUGUGUUACUCAGUGCCACUUUAAUCCUCCAUGAUGGCGGGACGCGGCUCUUCCUCCUCCUCCUCUUCCUCCCCCAGGCCCUACCAGUUCAUCGUGUUCGGGGCUUCAGGCUUCACGGGCCGCUUCGUGGUGCAGGAGGUGGCGCGGAGCAGCGCCGAGGCUCCGGGGGGGACACUGAGGUGGGCUGUAGCGGGGAGGAGCAGAGACAAGCUGCAGGACGUCUUACAGGACACCGCGGAGCAACUCGGGAAACCAGAGCUGCAGUCGGAGGUGGAGAUCAUUGUGGCUGAUGUGUCAGAGCCGGACUCAUUAGCUGCUAUGUGUAAACUGGGGCAUGUUAUCCUCAACUGUGUUGGGCCGUAUAGGUUCUAUGGUGAGCCAGUGGUGAAGGCGUGUGUGGAGAACGGAGCUCACUGUGUGGAUAUCAGUGGAGAACCUCAGUUUUUAGAGAGUAUGCAGCUGAAUUAUGACGCCCAGGCGGCGAGUGGAGGUGUGUAUAUCGUGGGGAGCUGCGGCUUUGACUCCAUUCCUGCAGAUUUGGGUGUGAUUUACACACGUGAGCAGUUUAAAGGCACUAUGACGGCUGUGGAGAGUUUUCUGACAGCAAGCUCUGGACCUGAGGGAGCAUGUAUCCAUGAUGGGACCUGGCAGUCGGCCGUGUACGGGAUGGCGGAUGGUGACAAACUGAAGAGCUUGAGGAAGAAAUUCAACCACAAACUGCUACCUGUGGUCGGGGCCAAGGUUAAACGAAGGAGCGCUCUGUUCUACAGUAAUGAGAUACAGCAGUACACGAUUCCCUUCAUGGGCUCUGAUCCUUCUGUGGUGAAGAGAACUCAGCGCUUCCUGUUUGAGGAACAUCAACAAACUCCGGUUCAGUAUGGAGCAUACGUAGGAGUUGGUGGAAUGUCCUCGGUUAUUAAACUGCUCUUCGCCGGGUUCCUCUUCUUCUUACUCGUGAAGUUCAGCUUUGGCAGAAAGCUUCUGAUUAAAUUUCCAGAGUUUUUCUCCUUCGGCUAUUUCUCCAAAGCAGGACCGACUCGGAAGCAGAUGGAGGGAUCAUCAUUUCAGUUUGCGUUCUUUGGUGAAGGUUACACUGAGGGUCAGGAUCCAUCUCAGGGGAAACCCGACAGUAAAAUCCGCACACUAGUCCAGGGACCAGAGCCGGGUUACGUUGCGACCCCGAUCGCCAUGGUGCAAGCAGCUCUCACCAUCCUCACUGAACCUGAAGCCCUGCCCAAGAAAGGUGGUGUAUAUACUCCUGGAGCUGCCUUUGCUAAGACCUCCAUCAUCAAACGUCUGGAUGAACACGGCAUCCGUUUCUCAGUGCUGUGAAGAAGAGGAGCGACGUUUAAUGCAGCACAUCUUCAGCACUUCAUAUCACACACUACUUUAAUUAGCACUUAGCAUUAAGGCUUACAUGCAGGAUUAAAUUCAUAUAAAAUGGUGUAAUGAGACCUCACUGAUGUAGAGCACCACCUUCACACUAAAGAGGAAGUGAUGUGCAAUCAAACAGUACCUAGCCUGAGCUAGCAUUACCUAGCCUGAGCUAGCAUUACCUAGCAUUACUUAGCCUGAGCUAGCCUCUGAGCUAGCAGUACCUAGCCUGAGCUAGCAGUACCUAGCCUCUGAGCUAGCUACACACUUAGCAUGUCUUUAUUCUGCUCAGUUCUCACACACAUUCCUGAAUUUAAAUGUAUGUUGUUUGCUUUUCUCUGUAAUUUUCUGCACUAAUGGAUUAAAGGGUUCAGCUUG